GCGCCUGCCUAGUGGGAACGACGCGCCUCAAAGAGCAAGUUCAAGUCAUGGAUCCAUAAAUCAGGUAAGUAUACAAAGUACUUGUCUUUUCUAGGCAGAUGUCGUACCUUGCAGACAAUUCCAACAAUAUGGACAUUCAUGGUGUUGAACGAGUGCCUUGACUGAUAUUUACUCCCUAUUAUUGCACAUAGUUCCGUACCUCUCACGCAUUCUAUUUCUCCGCAUACAUUCGCCGCCAUGGCAGAUAAGGAGGCUACAGUCUACAUUAUCGACCUCGGGUCGUCGAUGGGAAACUGUCACAAUGGAAGAACCGAAUCUGAUCUUGAUUGGGGUAUGCGUUAUGUAUGGGACAAGAUUACUACAACCGUCGCCGCGUCACGAAAGACGUGGACCGUCGGAGCAGUUGGCGUAAGGACCGACGAGACUAGCAACCCCUUACAGGACCAGCAAGGAGACGGCUAUGAGAAUAUCUCGAUUCUGCAAGAACUCGGCCCCAUGAACUUGACCAACCUGCGCAGCUUGCAAAGCCUCAUCAAGCCCAGCAACACUGUAUCCGGCGACUCUAUCUCGGCUAUAGUGCUAGCCGUGGAUAUGAUCGAGAGAUUUACUAAGAAGCUGAAAUACAAGCGCAAAAUUAUCUUGGUUACAGAUGGCGAGGGAUCCGUUGAUCCUGAUGACUUCGACGACAUUGCAGCGAAGAUCAAGGACUGCGGAAUCGAGCUUGUAGUCUUGGGUAUAGACUUUGAUGAUGCGGAAUUUGGCUUCAAGGAAGAAGACAAGUCGGGUCAAAAGAGUACGAAUGAGGGACUACUGAAGGAGCUCAUCGAAAAAUGUGAUGGGAUAUAUGGCACCAUGGCAGAGGCUAUUUCCGAACUUGAGACGCCGAGAAUCAAGCCCGUCAGGCCAUAUAAGACGUAUGACGGAGAACUCACCUUAGGGAAUCCCGCAGAACAUAAAGAUGCUAUGAGUAUCAGCGUAGAACGGUAUUUCAAGACGCACAAGGCGACGAUUCCACCUGCUAGUCGAGUGGUGCUCUCGACCAACCCUGGCCCUUCUCAGGGCGUUGGAAGCGAUGAGAUGGAAGGCGUGGAACCUACUGGCGCAUUCGCCGCUGUGAAAAAUGCCAGGACAUAUAAGGUCAAUGAUCCCGAAGCACCGGGAGGGAAACGAGAUGUCGAAUUCGAAUCGUUGGCAAAGGGAUAUGAAUACGGAAGAACGGCUGUCCACAUUAGCGAGUCGGAGUACAACAUUACCAAGAUUGAGACCACGAAAUGUUUCACUAUCUUGGGCUUCGUACACCAAGAGAAGUAUGAUCCAUUUUUCAACAUGGGGGAGACGUGCCAGACGGUCGCCCAGAAAUUGAACGAUGCGGCCGCGCUUAAGCUCUCCUCCUUCAUCCACUCCCUUCAGGAGCUUGAGUCUUACGCAGUAGCCCGCAUCGUAACGAAGGACGGAAAGGAGCCUGCUCUCGUCCUCCUUGCCCCUCAUAUCGAACCUGAUUUUGAGUGUUUAUAUGAUGUUCCGUUGCCCUUUGCAGAAGACGUCAGAAAUUAUCAGUUCCCUCCCCUUGACAAGGUGAUUACGGUCACUGGCAAUGUAAAAUACGAAGAUCAUCGACUUUUACCCAGCAAAGACCUCUCGGAGGCCAUGGAUGACUAUGUCGAUGCUAUGGACAUUUCCGCCUGGGUAAAGAAUGAAGAGGGGAAUCGUAGCUUAGAAUAUGCCGCAGUUGAGGAUGUGUUCUGUCCCCCGCUUCAUCGUAUUAAUCAGGUCGUUCGGCACCGUGCGAUUUAUCCAGACCAGCCGCUUCCUCCAGUUGCCCCAAUAUUACUCAAAUACUCGAACCCGCCAGAAGAUCUAAUCGCCAAAGCCAAAUCUAGGCUUGAAGAUCUAAUAGCUGAAGCUAACGUCAAGAAAGUACCACCUAAAGCCAAGGGUAGGAGAGAGAAGGGCAAUAAACCCGAGCCAAUCUCAGGCCUCGAUGUCGAUGCUCUCCUUAAGCAGCCUCAGAACAAGCGCAAAAAGAUCGACCCGGAGAACGCCAUCCCCGAGUUCAAGCAAAUGGUAGAGUAUGCUAGCGAGGAGUCCGAGAUCGAAGACGCUGCGAAGCAGAUGGGCGGUAUCAUCCGCUCGCUCAUCUCAAACAGCCUCGGAGACAGCGGGUACGACCGGGCUGUAGAAGACCUUGGCGUGUUUAGAGAUACGAUGGUAAGGUGGGAGAUGCCGGCUUUAUACAACUCAUUCUUGAAAGACUUGAAGAAGCGCUUGCUCUCUGGUGAGCUUGGGGGUGAUAGAAGAGAGUUGUGGUGGCAGAUGAAAGGAGCGAGAGCCACACUAGGUCUCAUUGACAAGAGCGUAUCCGAACCUUCUGACGUAUCUGCUGAGGAGGCUACAGAGUUCUUUAGAAAAUGAUUCUCCUGAUUUCCACCCUAAUACGAAGGCCGAAAAUUUAAUGAAUUCAUGUACAUUACUCGCGAGUAAGGUUCCAAGCUUAGCCAUCAUGUCCUGCUCAGAAUAGUGCUAUAUUGGUUUCUCUGGGUCCUUUAUCAUCUGUAUUAAGCUUUUCAACGAUCGUGAAACGAUAAACAAUGAGAUCGUUGCAAGAAGCGACGCGCAUUAUAUCAAGGGAAUUGAUGAAAAGACAAGGGUAUUCUAUUCUUCCGAGUUCUAUAUAAUCAAUAGAUCCUUAAGAAGAAAGAAUAUGUGAGUGCUAGAUGGUCCAUUGUAUAGCACAGUAGUAGACUCUUGGGAAUAUGUCAUUCUUAUAAGUGUUGUCAAGUUGGCAAAUGAUCCUUGAGUACCAG